GGUAUCAUUAUUUUACUGUCAAUGAUCUGUAUGCAGGUGUGCUCAACCAGGUCAACAAAGAGGAUAUCCAAGGUAGCCUAUCAUAAAGGUGUUGUCCUAGUGACCUGCCCAGGAUGUGAAAAACACCACAUUAUUGCUGACAACUUGGGUUGGUUCUCUGACCUGAAGGGAAAGAGGAACAUUGAGGAAAUCCUUGCAGCGAAAGGGGAGAAAGUGAAGAGGGUAGAAGGAGAGGCGGUCUUCGAGAUUGUUGUAGACAAGUCCGGCAAGGAUUCAACACAGACUGCUCAAGAUGCAGAUGCAAAGAAACCUUCACCAGAGUCUGAUGACUCAGGGAAAUCAUGACUAACUCUC